AUGAAUGCACGCUACGAAUACAGUAAUACGAGGAACCACGAGGCACUCUGCUUCAAGCGAAGUUUAGACUCCGUACCUUGGGUACAUCCUUACAAAGUACUUGCUGGCGACGGCAUUUGCAAGUACAGAGGUGGGGAAGAUGAUGAUCGUCGGACAUUUGCGUAA